AUGAUACAACUCAAGGAGCAAAUCAUAGACACUACGGAGCGAGGCUUGAGGUCAAUACUCGGACUCAAUCUAAAAAAGGCCUUCGACAGGGUCGAGCAUGCGGCCAUCCUCGAAAGAAUCGCACAACAUGGCCGGGCCGAACGAACGUACAAUUACAUAAGAAAUUUCCUUACGGGAAGAACGGCCAGAAUCAGACUGGACGAGGAGCGGAGCAUCCAAGUGGACAUGGGCAGCACGGGGACACCACAAGAGUCUGUCGUGUCACCGAUGCUCUUCAACGUCAUCAUGACCGGACUAUCGGAAAAAUUGGAGCAAAUAGAAUACAUUAAUGACACAGUUUACGCAAACAACAUUACGAUUUGGACCAUGAAAGACACAAGUGAGCGCGAGAUGGAGAAUAAACUUCAAGGGGCGGUGGAGGCAGUCCAGUAUAAUCUGGAGGGCACCUUACUAGAAUGCUCGCAGGGGAAAUCGGAACUGCUACUCUACCACCCCAGCAAGCUGGGCACACCGUUCAGAGACGUGGCGGAACUACAAAAAAGGGGUAUCAGAAUAGCCACGAGAAACGGCACGGAGAUACCCAUGGUCCAGAAGAUCACAGUCCUGGGUCUCUGGAUCGAAGCCAGGGGAACAAACGCGGAAACCGUAACCGCCUCCAAAAGAAAGUCACGGCGACCAUUAGGCUACUACAGAGGGUCUCCAACAGCAGAAGGGACAUAA